CCCGAGCGCGCGGCCGCGCGUGACGCCCCCUUGCCGGAACACCCCAACACGCCGUGCCGCCGCCGACAUUGGUGGCGCCACCUGCUUGCCGGCACGCACGGGCGCGCGGGGGCGUGUCGCCCCGACGCACCGGGUGACGGGAGCGCGCUCCAUGAUUGGUCGAUCGUAGCCGCGCCAGAGCAGGGCAGAGCGGACGCUGCCGCCAUGCCGUCGCGACCCCGAACCAGCAACCGACGCCCGCCGCCAGCAAUUGCGGGCAGCUCAACCCAAGCGCCGCGUCGCCCCACGGUGCAUGCGCGCGGCUGCCACCCUCUAUAUAAAGCCACGCCGGCCAUGACGAUCCCGAUCAUCAGCUCAGAUCAGACCGCGACCUAGCUAGCUAGCUUGCGCCGGCGCGAUGGUGAGGCCGUCGAUCGUGCUGUUCGGGGACUCCAUCACGGAGGAGGCGUUCGGGGAGGGCGGGUGGGGCUCGUCGCUGGCGAACCACUACUCCCGCUCCGCCGACGUCGUGCUGCGCGGCUACAGCGGGUACAACACGCGCUGGGCGGCGCGGGUGGCCGGCCGCGCCGUGGCCACCGUCGCCGGCGCCGUCGCCGCCGUCACCAUCUGCUUCGGCGCCAACGACGCCGCGCUGCCCGACCGCGCCAGCGCGGCGCAGCACGUGCCCGUCGGCGAGUACCGGGACAACCUCCGGGCCAUCUGCGCGAUGCUGCAGCGGCGCUGGCCCGGGGUCGUCGUCAUCCUCGUCACGCCGCCGCCCGUCGACGAGGACGGCCGCCGCCGGUACCCCCCGUACGCGCACGACUACUCCGGCCUGCCGGAGCGCACCAACGCGGCGGCGGGGGUGUACGCGCGGGCGUGCGUGGAGGUGGCGCGGCAGUGCGGGAUCAGGGCCAUCGACAUCUGGUCCAGGAUGCAGAAGUUCCCCGGCUGGGAGAAGUCCUUCCUCAGGGACGGGCUGCACCUGACGCCGCGCGGGAACCGGGUGCUGUUCGAGGAGGUGGUGUUCGCGCUCAAGGACGCCAACCUCAGCCUGGAGGCGCUGCCGGCCGACCUGCCGCUCUUCGGCGACAUGGACCCCGACAACCCGGCCAAGUCGUUCGAGGACGAAGGCGAGUGGGCCGAGUGCUGACGAGGAGAUGGCGAACUUCAGUUUAACUUCAGUUUCGAGUCUGGCAAUUCGCGCGUCAUCACAAUCUAAUGUUCGGAACGGGAUUCUUUUCCGCAGCACCAUGGCGUGUUCUGUGCUUCUGUAGUUCUGCUGCUCCCGAGCUCAAGCAAAGGAUGUGUCUAGAAUCGUAGUUCAAUCCAUGCAACUGUAUUUUGUUGUAAUAAUUUUUUUUCAGGUUUAUUCUUUAAUUUUACCAAAAAUGUCCAAUAAAUAUGCACGGGUUUGUUCCUCUC